AUGGCAGAAGUAGAAUUUUCAACCUUAAAAGGCGGGAGAAUCAUUUUCACAGUCUUUGUAGCAUACAAGUCUAAAGAAAACUCAAACAUCGGAAGGGUAGGAACCGGUUCGACUCCUUUAAGGGGUGCCGUGUGUGAUGGACGGAUUGACAUUAUAAAUUAUUUGGUUGAGAAGGGAGCAGAUAGUGACUAUCAGACUUGCGAUGGCAAUACCCUUUUUCACUUGGCUGCAUGGUACAAGACCCAAAUAUGUGACGACUUCCAAGGAAGAUUGCGAAGAGUAUGCAGUUUAUCAUGUGUUAAGACCGUGAAGCUUAUCAUCGAUUCUGGCGGACUUGUCAAUGAUGUGAAUGACGAAACAAAUACCCCUCUGCACUUAGCAACGAGUUAUAGACCCAGCCCUGAUGGCCUGCGUGUGUUACGAGCGGUUUUGGAGGCCCUGUUGAAUGGAGGAGCUUAUGCAGAUAUGGUUAACAAAAAUAGGAAAACAGCCAUGGAUGUGGCUGAAACAGAUAGAGUUAAAUUUAAAAUGUAUCGCCGCCAAAGCUGUGCGAAAAUUUGGCUUGUCACAUGUUGGCUUAAUUCCUAA